ACACUGGAAUCACCACCAGUGUAAAGUAUUUCCAAAUAUUAAUCGAGUCGUUUUCCUGUUUCAACAAAAUUAUUUGUAAUUAAAACGUAAAAAGGGAAAAUGUUAAGUUUUCGUCCUAAACUGGGGACAGAGCGCAGCAAGGAAUGGCGUUGCUGUUUCUGCCUGCACGUCCGCACUGGAACUAUACUACUUGGCACAUGGCAUUUGCUGUUACACCUGAUAGCACUGGGAUUUCUGGCAGCUGUAGUGCGUGACCCCAGUCUAUUAGAUGAGUUGGAACGUGAUUCAGCACCAGUCUCUGCCAGGGGUGAGAUAGGAGCUGCUAUGCCUACUCCUCUAUCUAAUGUUGAGACGCGUCCUAGCCUCUACCCACAACAUGGAUCUUCACAUCCACGAGAUCACAGUCUUAUAUAUCAUGAUGUGGAUGUGGGUGCACUGGUUACAGUGUGUACACUGGCUAUCACACUCAUGCUGAUUUACGGAGCAUCGCGCGGCAAGCCGGCCCAUCUGCUGCCUUUCUUCUGCCUACAAAUAUUUGACUUUGCUAUCACUGUACUGACGGCGACGGGCUACCUGUGCUACCUGCGCUCCAUCCACCUGCUGGUGAAGGAGGCGCGGCACGUGCCGUGGCGCGAGCAGCUGCUGGAGCUGCCGGCGCCCGCGCUGGCGCUCGUCGUGCUCUCCGCCUUCCUGCUCGCCGUGCUGCUCAAGGGUUACUGCAUCAGCAUGGUGUGGCGCUGCUACAAGUAUUUGACGAUGCGCUCGCACUCGCUGACGCUGACGCCCUUCGUGAUCUCGUCGCCGGCGAGCGCGGCCAACUCCGCUCACAGUCCACACGCGAGCCAGGCGCCGCCCUACUCCAGCCUGCUGCCUGACUAUGAGGAGGCCGUCAAGCAGGCGCCGCCGCCCUCCUACCACGCCGCCACGCUCAUGACCUCCGCCGAUAUGCCGCUUGCCCCCUCACCACCUGCAGAGCAGAACCAACAAGUGUCCACCAACACGGUCGUAAUGCUCCCCCAGCCGGGAGUACAAGCUCGCGUUUGAAUCUCUUUGCCUUUCACUUUCCAUCGCGAUCUUCAAGCUGCGACUAAUAUGAAUCGCAAGAUUUUCGCAUUCUUCUUUGCUAAUUUCUAUGAACAUUACAUGUAUAUUGUGAUUUAAAUAUCCUAAUCUGCGACUGAGAAUCGCAAGCUUCGAUAAAGCAAUCAUGUUAUUUUUUCAGUUUAGUGGGAACUUAAUUUCAACAAAUUUUUCUAUCAUUUUAAUUGUACUGUGGAUCAGUCAUAUACAAUUUAUGUUAUAUAAAAUGGAAACAUGAUUAUUUUCAUAUUUUCAUAUUUUCACUUUUUCACUUUUUUUUUUUUUUGUUUAAUAAAAUGGCCUUAUGUUUUGGGCAAUCUACAUUAAA